AUGAUUCCAAGAUCUGGCCUCAAGAUGCCUUGCAGUUUCCUCUCUUACUUCUUGGACUACUUUUCUGAUCAUGUGAAGAAGCCUGAGAUGAAAGUCUACACAGAAAGAGAGGCACAGCCAAUUCGUGUUCCAGGCAUGCCGGAAUUUAAAGAAGAAAAGAAUUCCUUAUCAGGAGCCCCCCCAGUCAUUGUCUUUCUGCUUCGUGUUUGGCACAGGUGGGACACAUCUCUCGGAAGCCUGAUUUUUUCCAACCAGUUCAUACAAAUCAUGACCACUGUCCCAUCCUCUUCAAUCUAUGGAUUUGGUGAACAUGAACAUACAUCCUUUAAGCACGACAUGAAUUAUGUUACGUACGGAAUGUUUUCAAGAGAUCAAUCGCCAAUGGCAUUUAGCAAUCUCUAUGGAGUUCAUCCUUUUUAUAUGUGCAUAGAGAAUGAUUUUAAUGCUCAUGGUGUUCUUCUUCUGAAUUCCAAUGCCCAAGAAGUCAUUCUCAGUCCAUAUCCUUCUUUAACAUUCCGGACCAUUGGAGGAAUACUUGACUUCUACAUAUUUCUUGGCCCCACUCCUGAAAAUGUUGUCCAGCAGUACACAGAGGCCAUCGGACGUCCCUUUUUGCCUCCUUACUGGUCUCUGGGAUUUCAGCUGUGUCGAUGGGGCUAUCAUACCAUAGAUGUGCUGAAGAAAACAGUUGAACGUUUAAGACGAUAUGACAUUCCUCAUGAUGCUCAGCAUGGUUAUAUUGACUACAUGGAACGUCAGAUGGACUUCACUUAUGAUAAAACUAACUUUGCCGGUCUGCCUGAAUACAUUAAGGAACUGAAAAAUGAUGGAAUACAUUAUGUCAUUAUUUUGACUAUUAACAAUCACAAUGCUCUUGGGAAUUUGCAGAAUCCUUUUUUGACAAAAGAUGAACCACACGGUACUUAUAAGCCCUAUGAGCUUGGAGAGGAAAUGGGAAUUUGGGUCAAUAACUCUGAUGGAGUCACACCAGCUGUUGGCAAGGGUUGGCCUCCAGGAGAUUCAGUGUUUCCAGACUACACCAACCCCCAAACAGCAGAAUGGUGGAUCCAGUUGUGUAUGGAAUUUAAUAACAUCCUCGAUUAUGAUGGGAUCUGGAUUGAUAUGAAUGAGCCAACCAAUUUUGGGACAGGCCAGGAGCCAGGAUGUGCAGAGAAUAAUCUAAACAACCCACCCUACGUGCCUGAUAUCACAGGUAGACUUUUGGCUGAAGAAACAUUAUGCCCUGAUUCCAAGACUUAUCUGGGAUAUCAUUACGAUACACAUUCUCUGUUUGGCUGGUCACAAGCAGCACCUACUUUCUAUGCUUCUCAGAAUGCUACAAGAAAGAGAGCAUUUGUUUUGAGUCGUUCAACAUUUGUUGGGAGUGGGAAAUAUGCUGGCCAUUGGCUGGGUGAAAACUAUUCCCGCUGGAGAGACAUGCAUAUGUCAAUCAUUGGAAUGCUAGAAUUUAAUCUCUUUGGAAUUCCAUAUAUUGGAGCUGAUAUAUGUGGGUUUAAUGAAGACACAACUUAUGAACUUUGCCUGCGGUGGAUGCAACUUGGGGCAUUUUAUCCCUUUUCCAGAAACAAUAAUGCAAUCAGGAACAAGGAACAAGACCCUGGGGUGUUUGGCGAAGCGUUUGCUGCAAUUUCCCGUUCUGUACUGAGGAUUAGAUAUUCACUGCUGCCUUACUUAUACACCCUUUUCUACCAUUCUCAUGUCACUGGACAUACAGUGGUUCGAGGACUGAUGCAUGAAUUUACAUCAGAUCCUCAGACUCAUGUAAUUGACAAAGCAUUUCUUUGGGGGCCAGCUUUGAUGAUUGCUCCAGUUCUUGAAGAGGGUGCAAGGUCUUUGAAUGUGUAUUUUCCUGAAGCAUUGUGGUUCGACUUUUAUACAGGGGGCCAAGUACCACCUACCUGGCAGAAGAAGUUUGUUGAAGUUCCUGCUCCUCUAGAUGUAAUUCCUCUUUUCAUUAGGGGAGGAUAUAUUCUGCCUACACAGUUUCCAGCCAGAACAACGAAGCUGAGCCGUAUGAAUCCUUUUGGCCUCAUAAUUGCUCUAAAUGAAAAUGAAACAGCAGAUGGCUACCUUUUCUGGGAUGAUGGUGACUCUAUUGGUACUAUUGAAAGAGAAGAGUACUUCUAUGCCCAAUACAAAUUCCAUGAUAGAAUGCUGAAAACCACUAUAAUUAACAAUGGCUAUCACGGAGUUAACACUCUGGCAUGUGACACUGUUCAGAUCCUUGGUUUGACUUCAAAGCCAAAAGUUAUUUAUAUGAAUGGAAAAAUCAUUCCAAGCAACCAAAUACAGUAUCAUUCUAAUAUGAAAAUUACUUUAAGGAUAUUUCAACCCAUUUCCCAGGAAAUGACCAUUUUAUUUCUUUAGAUUAAAAAAUUUUUUAAAAAGAAAAAGUAGUCAUAACUUAUCCACAACAGUUAAAACUUAUUUGAAUAUGGAAAUUGUUUAAUUUAAAAAGCAAUACAAUUAAAAUAUUACAUGUAUUAAAA